UCUAGUUAUUCAUCAGCGCAGACUCUGGUUUUUUUUCCACCUUUCCCCAACGGUUUUGGACAUGCAAGGAUUAAAAAGGAUACUGACUGCUUUCACACUGGCCGUCUGCCUUUCAAGCCCUGGAAAAGCACAGCAACAAUGCACUAAUGGGUUUGACCUGGACCGUGCCUCUGGGCAGUGCUUAGAUAUUGAUGAAUGCCGGACUAUUCCUGAGGCCUGCAGAGGAGAUAUGGUGUGUGUCAACCAGAAUGGUGGCUAUUUAUGCGUACCCCGAACAAACCCAGUGUAUCGGUCACCAUAUCUGAAUCCUUAUUCAAAUAUUUAUCCACCGCCCCCAGCACCAGGCCCUGUUCCUAACUACCCUACUGUUACAAGACCUCUGAUGUGUCGAUUUGGUUACCAGUUGGAUGAAAACAAUCAGUGUGCUGAUGUGGAUGAAUGCGCUUCGGAUUCUCACCAGUGUAACCCCACCCAGAUCUGCAUAAAUACUGAGGGGGGCUAUACCUGUUCCUGCACUGAAGGCUACUGGCUAUUAGAAGGCCAGUGUUUAGAUAUAGACGAAUGUCGCUAUGGCUACUGCCAGCAGCUGUGUGCCAACGUGCCCGGUUCCUACUCCUGUACGUGCAACCCAGGCUUUACCCUUAAUGAUGAUGGAAGAUCAUGCCAAGAUGUGAAUGAAUGUACAAGCCAAAACCCUUGCACUCAGACCUGCGUCAACACCUAUGGCUCUUUUCUCUGCCGCUGUGAACCGGGCUACGAACUGGAAGCUGAUGGAGUUAACUGCAGUGACAUGGAUGAGUGCAGCUUCUCAGAGUUCCUCUGCCAGCACGAAUGUGUGAACGGGCCUGGUUCUUACUACUGUAGCUGUCCUGCAGGCUAUAACUUGCUUGAUGAUAGCAGAAGCUGCCAAGAUAUCAAUGAAUGUGAAACCAGAAACUUCACCUGCACUCCGCAGCAAACGUGUUUCAAUAUCGCAGGAGGAUAUAAAUGUUUAGACCCAGUAAGAUGCGAGGAUCCUUAUAUCCAGAUUAACGAGAACCGCUGCAUGUGUCCAGCUGAAAACACCGGUUGCAGAGAUCAGCCAUUCACCAUCUUGUACAGAGUGAUGGAUAUGGUGUCCGGGCGGUCUGUGCCUUCUGACAUUUUUCAGAUGCAAGCAACAACUCGCUACCCUGGAGCCUAUUACAUCUUCCAAAUCAAGUCAGGGAACGAGGGCAGGGAAUUCUACAUGCGGCAAACAGGACCGAUCAGUGCUACUCUGGUGAUGACCCGCCCUGUGAAGGGGCCCCGUACUAUUGACUUGGACUUGGAAAUGAUCACUGUUAACACCGUCAUCAACUUCAGAGGAAGCUCUGUCAUCCGGCUGAGGAUAUACGUAUCACAGUACUCCUUCUAA